UAUACAGCUCAGCAUUUCAAUCUCACUGCAAACAUUAUGCGAACCGCCAUGCAUUUAGCGCAGCCUCAGUGCCACACCAACUUGUACGCGCUGCCUAGUCGUCAGCUGGCACUGUUCAAGCCAUGUCCUGUACGCGUCGCUAGCUCAAAAUCGCUAAAACGUCAGCUGCGUGCGGUGUCCGGCCAGGAACUGUAUGAACUAUCUGACCAAGCCCAGGAUCUGGUACAAGGGCUUUUCGCUGCAGGGCAAAGCGCCGAUGCGCUGGUGUCGCAGCAACUCACUGGUGUCACGCCGUUGACAUACCUGGCAGUGCUGGGUGCGGGUCUGGUGACGAGCCUGUCGCCUUGCACGCUCAGCGUGUUGCCCCUGACCAUCGGGUACAUCGGCGGGUAUAGCCAGGACGACAACGGCAAUGGUGCCAGCAAGCCCAACCUGGGACUGCAGGCCGUGUCGUUCUCGUUCGGCCUGGCCACCACGCUAGCGGUGCUGGGCGUGGUCAGCUCCUUCCUGGGCCGCGCCUACGGCCAGAUCGGCAACGAGCUGCCCAUCGCGGUGGGGCUGGUGGCGGUGCUGAUGGGGCUGAACCUGCUGGAGGUGGUGCAGCUGCAGCUGCCCUCGCUGAUGCCGGAUGUGGACGUGCGCAAGGCCCCAGUGCCCCCAGCGCUGCAGGCGUACCUGGCGGGCGCCACAUUCGCACUGGCGGCAUCUCCGUGCAGCACACCGGUUCUAGCCACGCUUCUGGCGUACGUGUCGUCCACCCGCGACCCGCUGGAAGGCGGCAGCCUGCUGCUGGCUUACACGUGCGGCUACGUGGCGCCCCUGCUGCUGGCGGCCUCGUUCACGGGCACUGUGAAGCAGCUCCUGGCUCUGCGGCAGUACUCGGCCUGGGUGACUCCGGCCAGCGGGGUACUGCUGGUGGCGGGAGGAACAUACACGCUACUGUCGCGCCUGGUGCCCUCGUGAGCGACCCCCCUUGAAGUCGGAUGUAGGCUGUGUCUGGGCGGGGUCGAGAGGUUAUGGGCCGAGCCCAACCAGUAGGACGCAGGAUGAUGGAAAAGGUUGUCAACCGCAAGUAGCGCAGACGAAAUGGACGAUGAACACAGAGGGCUGACGAGGGCCGCCGCUGGCAAACUGCGUAGACGCUGGUCGACGUGAUGGCUGGGCUGGCGGACGGCUGGCGGGUAGGCGCUGGAGGCACCGGAAAACACGCUGGGCCACAGAACCAACCUGGAGACACCGGCGCCCACCGAUGUGUCAGUUGAAGGGCUCAUCAAGCUUUGACUGGAAUAGGUGUAGCUAUUGCAUGUUAUGAAUUCGGUGUGAGCUGAAUUGGGCAGCUAGAUGUCGAGUGUCAGGACCAUUACCAGGGUCAGAAUGGAGGCGGGGGGGUCGGGCUGGUGGACCGUGGUGGACACAAGACACGGCUCCCCGCAGUUUCCCUUGUUUGAUCGUAUACCACUGACGCAGCUCGGAUCGCUUACCAUGCAUCACUCAAUAUUCCCUAU